AUGGAGGGCUUCAUGGACUCAGGGACACAGACUGAUGCCGUGGUGGUGCUGUCUUUGGCUCAGGCCGCCGUGCUGGGCCUGGUCUCGGAAAAUGAGCUCUUUGGAGCCACCAUAAGCGCCGAAGCCUUCUACCCGGACCUGGGGCCGGAGCUGUCCGGGGCGGCCAUAGGGGAGCCCCGGCCCCCCGGCCCCGACGUCUACCAGCUGGCCUGCAACGGGAGGGCCCUGGAGGAGCCGGCCGAGGAGGAGGUGCUGGAGGUGGAGGCAGCCUUCGAGAAGCACACCCGGCGGAAGACGCGGCCGCCCGUGCGCCUGGUGCCCAAGGUCAAGUUUGAGAAGGUGGAGGAGGAGGAGGAAGUCUACGAGGUGUCGGUGCCCGGCGGCGAUGACAAGGAUGCCGGCCCAGCAGAGACCCCUGCCGAGGCGGCCGGCGGCGGCUGCGAGGCCCUGGUGCAAAGCAGCGCAGUCAAGAUGAUCGACCUCAGCGUCUUCAGCCGCAAGCCCCGGACGCUGCGGCACCUGCCCCGCGCCCCGCGGCCGGAGCUGGACGUAGCCCCUUUUGACCCCCACUUCCCCGACCCGGCCCGGGACGCCUUCCCCGAGCCCAGCAUGGCGCUGCCCAGGCCGGAGGCCCUGCCCGUGGAGUGCGGCUUCGAGCCGCCGCACCUGCCCGCGCUGAGCGACCCCGAGCCCCCCACCAUGGAGUCGCCGGAGCCCGUGAAGCCGGAGCAGGGCUUUGUGUGGCAGGAGGCGGGCGAGUUCGAAGCGGACACGGCCGGCUCGACGGCGGAGCGCCACAAGAAGGCCCAGCUGGACCGGCUGGACAUCAACGUGCAGAUCGACGACUCGUACCUGGUGGAGGCCGGCGACCGGCAGAAGCGCUGGCAGUGCCGCAUGUGCGAGAAGUCGUACACGUCCAAGUACAACCUGGUGACGCACAUCCUGGGCCACAACGGCAUCAAGCCGCACUCGUGCCCGCACUGCAGCAAGCUCUUCAAGCAGCCCAGCCACCUGCAGACGCACCUGCUGACGCACCAGGGCACCCGGCCACACAAGUGCCAGGUGUGCCAGAAGGCCUUCACGCAGACCAGCCACCUCAAGCGCCACAUGCUGCUGCACUCGGAGGUCAAGCCCUACAGCUGCCACUUCUGCGGCCGCGGCUUCGCCUACCCCAGCGAGCUCAAGGCCCACGAGGUGAAGCAUGAGAGCGGCCGCUGCCACGUGUGCGUCGAGUGCGGCCUGGACUUCUCGACGCUGACGCAGCUCAAGCGCCACCUGGCCUCCCACCAGGGCCCCACCCUCUACCAGUGCCUGGAGUGCGACAAGUCCUUCCACUACCGCAGCCAGCUGCAGAAUCACAUGCUCAAGCACCAGAACGUGCGGCCCUUCGUGUGCACCGAGUGCGGCAUGGAGUUCAGCCAGAUCCACCACCUCAAGCAGCACUCGCUCACCCACAAGGGCGUGAAGGAGUUCAAGUGCGAGGUGUGCGGCCGGGAGUUCACCCUGCAGGCGAACAUGAAGCGGCACAUGCUGAUCCACACCAGCGUCCGGCCCUACCAGUGUCACAUCUGUUUCAAGACCUUCGUGCAGAAGCAGACCCUCAAGACCCACAUGAUUGUCCACUCGCCCGUGAAGCCGUUCAAAUGCAAGGUUUGCGGGAAGUCCUUCAACCGCAUGUACAACCUGCUGGGCCACAUGCACCUUCACGCGGGUAGCAAACCCUUCAAGUGCCCAUACUGCUCCAGCAAGUUCAACCUCAAGGGCAACCUGAGCCGGCACAUGAAGGUGAAGCACGGCGUCAUGGACAUCGGCCUGGACAGCCAAGACCCCAUGAUGGAGCUGACGGGCACGGACCCCUCUGAGCUCGACAGCCAGCAGGAAAUGGAGGACUUCGAGGAGAAUGCCUACGCCUACACGGGUGUGGAUGGCAGUGCUGAGGCCAGCGUCCUCACCGAACAGGCCAUGAAAGAGAUGGCCUACUACAACGUACUAUAG